UAACUGAUAGCUAACAAAGUAACAAGUAGGAAAGAGAUGAUUUUGAUUCAGAACGAGUCUGUUGAUUAAGCUAAGACGACAGAUAUUAAAAAAAAAAAUAUAGUCUUAUUGUUUGAAAUUUGGGUCCAGAUUAGUUUCCAUAUUAAGAAUGUUUGGUAAUUUGGAAAGAAUGACCAAAAAGAGCACCACAUGUUUGUGUUGGAAAUUUUAGGUGAUAAUAGACUUUAUUAGACACAACAAGCUCUUUGAGUUUUGUUGUUUUCUUAAACCGGAGAUUGAUUGCUCUGUGAUUGACUGGACUAUGUAGCUCUGUGAAACCAAAAGAUGGAACCAUGUACGUGGCUUCUGCAUCUGCUGGUCACCAAGAUGUUUUGAUACAGACAAAUACUUACUUUUAUGUAAUCCAAUGAACAGAAGCUCAUAGUUUUCGGCAUUGGCCUAAACUGCAAAUGAUAGGGACCACAAGUUGUUAGCCCAAGCUGUUGAAGAAGCAUAUAUCGGAGUCGAGUGUGGCCAUGGCCGCCCUUUUGGAGCGGUUAUUGUUCAUAAGGAUGAAAUCGUCGUGAGCUGCCACAAUAUGGUUGUGAUAAACAAAGACCCUACUGCACAUGCUGAAAUGAUAGCCAUUAGAGAGGCAUGCAAGAAACUGAACCAAAUUACGCUAUCGGAAUGUGAGAUUUACGCAUCCUGCGAGCCUUGUCCGAUGUGUUUUGGAGCCAUCCAUCUCUCAAGACUAAAGAGGUUGGUGUAUGGGGCAAAAGCAGAAGCAGCUAUAGCCAUUGGAUUCAAUAGCAACAUAGCCGAUGGUGUAUUAGGCAUUGGGUGCUACCAUAACUCUAACCUAGAGAUUAUAAAACUCGAUGCUACUAUCGCCGAGCAAGUGUUCCAGAAUACAAAGGGGAAGUUCACUUAUUAGUAAGCUCUUUUUCUUCUUCUUGUCAUCUCUAGAAGAAGAAAAAAAGCAGAAUGUAUUUGCAAAAUCCUUAUUUUCCUUAAAACUAACUGAAAGUUUCAAUCACUGUAUCUGUUUGUGUGUGUGGUUGGUUUGGUCCAUGUAAAAAUGUAUGUAUCAAACUAUCAAUGUAAGUAUUAAUGAGUUGAAACAUAAUCACGUUACUAAGAAAA